GGCACAAGCGCGACUGUGAAUAGAAGUACGGGUACAGCAUCGCUGAGGUCGAGGAUGCUGUCACUAGCGCCUUCCCACACGUUGCCCUGCGAUACAAGGACGUAGCGCGCGUCAUCUGCAAGAACCUGCCGGCCAAGCAGCGCGGCAGCCAUGCCCGAUGGGUGAAUGCCUUCUUGUACGAGCCCAUACGCGGGGAUGGCCCACGGUGGCCAUCUCCUUCCACCGCAUCACCGAGGAGAUCGACGGCGAGGACGUCGAGGUCUGCGUGCUGGGGAAUUGCAUGUUCCAUGAAGAGAAGUCCAAGGGCGGAUGCAGCCUCAGCGGACUGAAGCUUCGGCUGGCCCAUGACCGUGUCGACGAGGAGACCCUCAAGACGAUCAAGGUCAUAGAGUGGACGGAGGCGCCGGCGCCAAAGAAGGCCAAGAUCACUGGAUCUCGUGGCCGUCGCCGCAACCCUCCUCCACUUGACUGA